AUACAAUUAUCCGGGCAGUACGAAUGCUGCGCUGGAAGCUGUCUGGGUUGUGAUUCGAAGACUGUGAUGUACUCUAAAGCUGAAUGCUGACGUUAUUGUCAAAUCAGAAAUCAUGUUUUCAUGACCUCAGUAUUGAUGGCUAUCUUACGUGAACUAUUUAGGCAUUACUUUAAUUGAUAUGGAACAACCGCCUAUUCGUAUUUUGAGACGACCAUGUCCACAUCCGUCUGAGAUUCAAAAAACACCACAGAGGCCAACUGUCGUCACUAAAACUCUUGAACAAAGAGAGGCAGAUUAUGCCGCUGCAAGGAAAAGGAUUAUGGGCUCCGCGACUCCGGAUCCAGCUGAAGGGGAAACGAAAGAUUCAGCAGAGUCUGAUACUACGAAGAUAACAGAGGAUAUUAAUAAUCUCACUUUAAAGAAAGAUUCAUGUAUCCCGACUACCUCUGCUACAACGCAGAGUACGGAGGUUAGUGCUCAGAAAAGUCUGUCAACUGAAGUGUCAGUAAAUCGCUUGCAAGCUAAUCAGAAUGGAGCACAAAUCGCGUCGCCUCAGAAUUACAAACAGCCUCUAGAAGUUGGUGCCAACCGAAAGCAUCAGCAACAUGCACAGUCUACAUCAAAUGGUGUUCGACAGAAUCUGGUAACUCACCAACAGCGCAGUGCAACAGUAUCUGCCAAUAGAUUAUCUUAUUUUCCUCAACCCUCACCUCUUUUUUCUUUUCAAACUGGAUACAAUAAUGUUGGUCUUCUUCCUACACCCCCUGGUUUUCAAUGUUCGCUUCAGAAUGGGACAAAUGCUGGUCUGCAACAAACGACUGCAAUCGCUCUAAUGCAUCAAUUCAAUUUGUUACAACAGCAAUAUCAGCAAACUCUGACUGGAUUUCAGAAACAGUUGGUAUCUUCUGGAGCUCAUUCAUCGACCAAUUUUAACCCUUUGAACUUCACGUCAUCUCUUCCUCAAUCUCACAUCAACCACAAGUAGGUUGUAGUAGGUUAUUUAAGAUAUACAUUGUACAACGAUUCUUAAUUGAUGUAACCAACGUGCUUCUAUUGUUCGCUACCACUUCAGCUACUGUUGAGCAGCGAGCAUGGUAGCCCCGCAGCUUGUCUGCAUAUCACAACCUUGUAUUCUUUCCUUAUAGGUUAAUAACAUCAUUCGGAAUUUUUUCUGAGUGUUCUCUACUAGCUAAACAUAUUAACCUACAGCGAAUCAUCUUAUUUAUCAUAUCGGUGUUAUUUUUCCCUGUACUUAAGUGUUUGUGAUGACUUUGUUUUUAGGUAUACUCACCCUCCAACUUUCAACUGAUUUGAAUCCUGCGCUAAUCAACAUAUGAAGAAGCGCUCCUAUUUUUCAUUUUCAGUGCUUUCAAGCGUGGUUACGUAUAUAUGAUUUCAUAAAAUACUUUGAGUAACUUCAUGCUUUCGAUUAGUUCGUGGACAACUGUAACACUGUUCAUAGCUUCUGCUGUGACGUUUUGUUCAUCAUAAUUACUCAUGUUUCUGUAUAAAUAAAGUACUUUUAAAGAGAUGUUCUGGGCUUUGUUUUGUUCCACUUGGAAAUACGUGACGGAGUAACAUAGAGAUAAUAUAGCUUAUCUGGUUGACACGUGUGCCAUUAGGGAUGAGAUUCUUGAAUAGCAGUAACGGAGAACGUCAUACAUACUCUCCCU